AUGAAAAAUUUAAUUUUCAUUUGCUUAUUAGCUAUGGUCUUAGCAUAGCAAGUUUAACACACAAACAAAUGUAAUGAUUGUGGAUAACUAAAAUCACAGAAUGAUUGUGAAUAAGAAGUAACAGUUACAGGAGCAUGUGAAUGGGUAGCUGCUUCAGGAACAACAGCAGCAAAAUGCUAAAAGAAAACAACAGUCGAUCCAGUUGCUUCAUUCAAACCUUAUUGUGAACUUGUUGAUAAGCCUGAAACCAACUGUGCUAAAACUUUGGGAUGUGCUUACGUUGACUCCAAAUGUACUCAUUUCACUGGAUGCCAAGCAUAUGUUAAAACUACAACAACAGAUUGCUAGGCUAUAUCUUAUUUUUGUGUUAGUGAUGGAAAUUCAUGUAUUGAGGCUAAGGAGUGUAAGGCUUACACAUAAUAAUAAUGUGAGUCUACUCCAAGUAUCUCAGGCAUUUUGAAAUGUAAAUGGGAUACAACUGCUGGAGCUUGCAGAGAUUAUGCUUGCUCAGAGGCUGAUGUUACCUUAAAUACUGAUGCUAAAUGUUCAAGCUGGUUAGCUGGUUGUGUGACUAAAGGUUAAGGUUGCGUUAAUGCUCCAAGACCUGCAUGUGCUACAUACACUGGAGAUGAUGCUGCUUGUUAAUCAUUCAUUGGAUCAGAUGGAAAUUGUGAAUUAGCAACCGGAACAACUAACUGUAAAGCAAAGGAAUGUGCAAAUGCACCAACAUCAUUAGCUUCUGAUGAUGACUGUAAGGCCUAUUAAAGAGGAUGUAUUACAACAGGAAAAGGAUGUGUUUUGGCAACAACAAAACCAUUAUGCUCAACUUAUUCAGGUGAUAACACUACAUGUGUUGGAUAUAUUGGAUCAGAUGGAGUUUGUGAAGGUGAUGCUGGAGGUUCUAAAUGUAGAGCUAGAAAAUGCGAAAAUGGAGCAUUCAAUACUGAUGAUCUUUGCAAAUAAUAUUAAAGCAGUUGUAAGACAAAUGGAAAAGCAUGCGUUUCAGCAUUAUCAGCUUGUAAUACAUAUAAAGGAACUGCCACCACUUGUGCCGUCUAUAUUGGUACCGAUGGAUAUUGUAAAGGAACAAGUACAACUACUGAAGCUGCUUGUGCACCAAAGGUUUGUGACGAAGCUCCAGAUACAACUACAACAGACGAUGCAUGUGCCAAAUAUUAAGUUGGAUGUGUUACUACAGGAAAAGGAUGCGUUACAAAGACUAACUUGAAAUCUUGUACUACUUAUGAUGGAGAUACCACAAGUUGCUAAUCUAGAGUAGGAACUGAAGGAAAAUGUACAUGGAAGAGUGGAACCAAAUGUGUUGCUAGAGAUUGUGCAUCUGCAGCAAGUAAUGUCAAUACUAACCCACUUUGUGCCAAUUAUUUCACUAAUUGUGUUACAACUGGAUCUGGAUGUGUUUCAUAAACUACAUGUGAUGCAACUGUCAAAUAAUAAAGUUGUGAAGGUACAAAUAAUUGCUCAUGGUAACCAAUUUGUACUAGUAAUACAUAAUGUAGUGAUUAUAAGAAAAAAUCAAUUUGUUUAGCAAAUUAAGCCAGAAUUAAAACAUAAGAUGGAGUAGAUGAUUCAGGAAAUCCCAAAUACAUUUAUGUAACAGGAAAAUGUGGUUGGUUGAAUAAUGCUUGCAAAGAUUUGGCUUGUUCAGAUUUAACCGGAGCUUUUUACAACACUGAUGCAAAUUGUGCAGCAGAACUAUCAACAUGUAUUAGUAAUAGAGUUGAUGCUUGCAUAACCAAAUAUGACUGUGCCAAACUUGUUGGAACAUAAUCUACAUGUUUGAGUUAUCCAGGAUAUUGUACCAAUGUCGCUUCAGCUACAGACACAACUCCUUGUGUGUCAAGAAAAUGCGCAGAUAAUACAGACGCAACAGAUAAUGCUACAUGCGCUACUUUCUUACCUGGAUGUAUUACUAGUGGAAAAGGUUGUGUUGAUUACAAUACUCCAUGCACAUCAAUGAAAGGAACUUAGGAAAAUUGCAAUAAAUUAUUUGCUUACAAGAGUGGAUCAAGUACUAACUUUACAACAAAUUAAUGCUACAAUAGUGCAAGUGCAACUGAUAGUGAUUUUUGCAAAGUUAAAACAUGCAAAUUGGCAGAAAACUAGACUGAUGGUUCAUGUGGAUCAUUUUUAGAUGGAUGUGUCUAUAAUGGAAAUGCAGGUUGUGUUGAUCCUAAAGCUGGAGACACAACUUGUGCAAGUUACACAGGUGUUGCUGCAUUCUGUGAGUCUGCAAUUGUAGGAAACAAUAGUUCAAAAUAUUGCUUUGGAACAUCUACAUCAGGUGCUUGCAAAUAGAGAGAAUGCACAGAUAAUACAACAGCCACAAAAGACGAAGAUUGUGAGGCUUUCUUGACAGGAUGCAUAGCAAAAUCUGAAGGAGGUUGUGCUGCUAAAUCUGCAAGAUAAUGUUCUGGAUAAAAUGGAACUGUUGCUACUUGUCCCAAUUUUAGCGGUGGAUUAUCUCCAUCUUGGACAAAGGUUGGAUGCACAAAAUACGAUACCUGUGCAGAUAGAGUAUGUUCAGACAAAGCAACUCCUUCUCAAGCCUCAGAUUGCACUGAUUAUAAAUCAACUUGUAGAUUCUUAAAGGCUGGAUCUCCAUGCAUUGAUGCAGCUGCUUGUACUAGUUACUCUACCCCUGAUACUGCCACUACUGAUUAAUAAAAGUUUGAUUAUUGUACAACUAUCAAAGAUAACAGUGGAUAUGUUUGUGGUUGGGCCUCAGGAACAAAGUGUGCAUCUAGAACUUGUGAUUAAUUCUUGAGCACAUUUACUACUUCAUUAACAUGCGUUACUUAUUUAUAAAAGAAUGUUUCAAGUGCAGCAGCUGAUACAUGUAAGUUAGCAGGAACAUUUUGUUAUUUACCUAAAGCAAAUUGUGACUAUGCAUUCCCCACUGGAAUUGAUACAGAUGCCAAAAAAUUAACACAAUGUUAGAAAUAUGUGAAUACAUCUGGAGUAUUUUGUUCAUUCAAAACUGCAGAUGCAACUUGUACUAAACAGGACAAAUGUGAUAAAAUAGUUUCUUAAACAUCUGCUUAAGUUUGUAAUGAUGUUUUAGGUUAUGGUGUUGGAAUAUGCUAAAAGGUGACUAACACAGGUUGCAUAGAAACUGUUGCUGCUUGUACAAGUUAUACUUUAGAUUCAACACUCAGUGAUGCAAAUAAAAAAGCAGCUUGUGACUCUUUGAAACCUGUUAAUGAUGUAGCUAAAUUUGGUUUAGGAACUGCAACAUAUACAGCAUGCACAUGGUCAACUGGUAAUACAUGCGCAGCAUACACUUGUGCUACUAUUGCCACAGCUACAAGUUAAAAAGAUUGUGACAGCAAAUUAGCAGGAUGUUAUUAUUAUUCUGGAAAAUGUUAUGCAUCAGUUACCGCUUGUCCAACAAGUUUCCCAGCUGAGUUAGACACAGAUACAAAAAAGGCUAUUUAUUGUAAGGCAAUGUUCAAAACUGGAGGCACAUAUUGUGAAAUAAAACCAGAUGGCACAGCUUGCCAAGAUGGAUCAAUUACUGAUUGUGUUCUUACUUUAUCUACUGCUUGGACUGCAGCAUCAGCUAAAUUUGAUGGAGCUACUACAACAACUGAUGCAUUUUGUGUUACAUAAUCAGCUAAGGAUAAAUCAAAAUAUUGUAUCAAAGAUGAUAAUGCCAAGUGUAAAGCAGGAACUUGUGAAAAUAUUCCAAGCCCAACCAGUUAAGCUGAUUGUGAUAUACAUUUAAUUGGAUGUGUGUUCUCAGCUAGUAAAUGUAGAACACCAAAAGUUACUGCUCUUGCUGCUGCAACAGACUGUGCUGAUACUGCUAAACUUCCCUUUGCUGAUGCUACAGGAUUGGCAGCUAGCGCAAAAACAGCCUAUUGCUAAGUUUUUUCAAAAGAUGGAGCAAGUGUUUUCUGCACCUAUGAUGAAUUCCAUGCAACAACUUAAACAGCUUGUGUAGGCGCAGGAGCCUGUGAUACAUAUGCAACAUUACCUGUUGGUGAUGCAGCUAGAUUAACUUAUUGUUUGAGUAAAGUGAAUGCCAGUGGUAAGAAAUGUGGAUUUACAGCUGGAGCCACUAAAUGCAGAGAUUUUGAUUGUUAAGACAUUGCAAGUCCAACAUCUUAAGUUGAUUGUGAUCUCUAAGCAAAUGCAUUAAAAUGUGUUUAUUACAAAGGAACUUGUGUAAAUGAUGAUGCCGCCUGUGCAGCCGUCCCCGCUAUUGGAACAACAGCAGAUGAUAAAAGAACAUACUGUGCAAAUUUAUCAGUUACUGAACCUUGUACUUAUGCCGUUGGUGCUUUCUGUGUGAAAUAGGAUACAUGCGAUAAAUAUGAUGUGACAGAUGCAACAGAUAAAGCAGCUGCAUGUGGAGCUUUAUCUGAUGGAACGAAUAAAUGCACUUUUAUCCAAGGUACUAAGUGUGUCACAUUGGAUACUUGCGAUAAAUAUGAUGGAGCACUCGGACCCGCAGCUGGUUCAGAAGAAGCAUAAUGUAAAGCCGUUAAAUCAAAAACCAAUUAUCCAUGCAUUAAAGAUACAGCUUAGAAAUGCAAAGCCUAAGCUUGUACCGAUAAUGACGCCAGUGCUGCAGAUUGUGCUAGUAAUGCUCCAGAUUGUAUCUAUUAUUCAAGUAAAUGCAUUGCUAAAACUACUUGUGGAGGUUACACAGCAUAAGGUGCUGAUGAUGCAGCCAAAUAAACAUGGUGUGAAGGAGUUACAAAUUCAUCAGGAGAUUUAUGUGCUUGGGAUGCUGCAGGUGGAAAAUGUAAAGACAGAACUUGCGGUGACAAAUCAUUCUACACAGACUUUGAUUGUUCAAGUUACCUCAAAUCUUGCAAGACAAACGGUUCAGCAUGCGUUGCUUCAACUACAGCAUGUAGUUCAAGUAACGGCUCCACAGAUUUUUGCAACCUCUUAUUAGAUGGAACAGCAAAAGAUAAAUGCAAACCAUUAGCACCAGCUACUCCAACUGCUGCAGGAGCAUGCACAAACAAAAAAUGUUAUGAUAAUGUUACAGCAACAUCUGAUUCUGAAUGUGAUUCUUAUUUGAGUGGAUGUGUCACACGUGGAACAGGAUGUAUUCCAAAUUCAGAACCAUGCACAUCAUACAGAGGAACUAAAUUGUAAUGUGAAUUAUUCAAAAAAUUCACUGGAUUAGAUGCUAAUAAAAAUCCAAUUUAUGAAUAUUGUUCUGGUGAUGCUACUAAUACAGCUACUGGAAAAUGUAAAGUAAGAACUUGCGCUGAUAACAUUACAGCCUCAUCAGAUACCGAUUGUGCUGCUUAUUUGAAAGGAUGUAUUACAAAGGGUACUGGAUGUAUUGAUGCAACAUCAUCAUGCGGUGGAUUUAAAGGAGAUUAAGCUACUUGCGCUAAAUUCUUGGGAAGUUCAGGAAAGGAUUAUUGCUGGAAUACUUCAACUGCAUUAGCUACAGCUGUUUGCGCAAAGAAGAAAUGCAGUGAUAUUGCUGGUAAAAACAAUAAGGAUUGUAAUGAUGGUAUGCCACCCUUCAAGACUACAGAUGAUCCUUUCUGUGUCUACGAUGGAACUGGUUGCAUUGAUUAUGGAAAGAAUUGCAGUACCUUCAAUGGAACUGAAGAAACAUGCCCAACAUAUUUGGCUAAAGAUGGACCAUGCAAAGCUACCACAGUUGGAACAAUCAAGGGAGCAUGCGCUAAGAGAGUAUGCACAGAAGCACCAAAUACACUUGCAACUGAUGCUGAUUGCUAGAAAUAUCAUAAGGAUUGUGUAACAACAGGUUAUGGAUGCACAGCUACUAAGAACUGCAGUAAUUUGACAUCAUAAGCUGCUUGUAAAUUAAGAGCAGAAUGCACAUGGGCCAAUUAAUGUACAGCUUCUAUUACCACUUGUGCCACUUAUAAUAACACCAGUUACUCAUAAUGUACCAAUUCUAAAGUCAAUGGUAAAUUCUGUGCUUGGACUGAAUCUAACUCAACAUGCAGAGCUUAAGUCUGUGAAGAUUAACCAGCAACAAUCGCUUCUCAUGCCUAAUGUUAAAGCUUUGCUGAUAAUUGUACUACAUCUGGAGCUGGUUGUUUGACCAUUACAACAUGUCCAUCAUACAAGACUUAAUCAAUCUGUAUUGCUGCCUCAACAACUAAGGACGGAGUAGGAAGAUGUGGUUGGGAUACUGCAACAAAUAAAUGCAGAUCUAGAGUUUGCGGUGACAAGAACGGUUUAACAGAUGAUGAAUGUAACACUUUCCUUGCUGGUUGCAAGACCAAUGGAUCAAGUUGUGUUGCUGGAGCUUCAUGUACUGAAUUCUCUAAUAAAUAAUUCUGUAUUAAAUCCAACUUUGGACCAUGCCUUUGGGUUAAUGGAUAAUGCUAUGAUUAUGACAGAUGUGAAGAUGCUAUCAAGAAGACACACACUGAAUGCUAAGGUUUCUCACCAUUAUGCACAACCAAUGGAGACACUUGUAUUCCAAUUACCAACUGUGCCAGCACAACAUUGAAGGCCUCAUGCGUCGUCGGAACUGAUGGAGCUUGCGGAUGGUUACCAACUGGAAAAUGCUAGAAGUUCGGAUAAUGCACAGAUGCAGUUGCUGCUACCAACGAUGAAUGUCUCUCAUAUGGACCAACCUGUAUUACUGAUGGAACUGCUUGUAUUGCUAAGGCAGCUUGUGGUACUUACAAGACAUAAACAGCUUGUAAUAACCUUGGAACUGAUGGUAUCUGCUAUUGGAACGCCACUGCUAAUACUUGUAAGUUGAAGGAAUGUGGAGAUGAAUAAAAGGGAACAAACGACUAAUGCAAACUUAUCUCAGUAACUGGAGGAUCAUGCACAACUGAUGGAACCAAAUGUAUCCCAUUGGCUGCUUGCUCAAGUUAUGUUGAAGCUGGAUGUUUCACAGGAACUGACGGAGAAUGUACUUUCGCAUUACCAGUUGGAGCUACUACAGGAACAAAGACAUGCAGAUAAAAGCAAUGUGAAGAUAUCACUGGAGGAACAUCAAAUGCUAAUUGUAUGGGUGUUAUUGCAGGAAAGAAUUGUGUUUCCAAUGGAACUAGUUGCAUUGCCAAGGCUGCUUGCUCAACUUAUAAGACCAUCACAUCAUGUAACGGAGGUGGUUUAGAAAACAAUAAAUCAACUGUUUGUGCUUUCACUCCUACUGGAACUGACAAAGUUAAUGGAACAUGCAAGACCUUCACCGCAUGUGCCGAUGCUACCAAAGACAAAUUGGCUUGCACAACCAACCCAACAUGCAAAUGGACUGAAAACUCAACAGGAACAACUUGUGCUAAUCACGCUUGUGAUACCUUUGCCACAGGAACUGAUUGUCAACCAAUUCCAAGCUUCGAUGGAACCUCAUCCACUGUUUGUGUUCUCUAAAGCGGAAAAUGCGCUGCUGCUGAUCCAGGAACCAUGACUGACUCCAAGAUUUGCUACACUAAAUCAGCUUACACUUAUAGUUGGAAUGUCGCUACUAAUAAAUGUGAAAGUUGUAUUUCAGGAUCUGUCAAUCCAAACAAUUCAAAUGGAACUAACAACAACACAGAUAAUGGAACAACUACCACAGACAGUGCUUACAUCUUAUCAGUUAUUUCACUCGGUCUUUUGGGAUUAAUGGCAUGAUUUUGAUUUUCAUAUUAUAUAUAGGGAAAAAUUUAUUA